GUUUUAGCAAAUCCUUAAAACCCUAAAAACAUGAAGACGGUGACCGGCAAAAUCACAGAUUCAGCACCGGUGUCAAUCUCCAAAGCGGCUUCUAUACUCUCCAAGUUCGUAUCCUCUGAGAACGGCGCUUCCCAGGCCUUAAACGCUUACCUUCGUCGCGCCACCGCCGCUUUCGAUGAGCUGUCACGGCUUCACUCAAAAUCCGAACGACGGAAACACGAAAAGGAUUCAUCUUUGAUUCGGAGUGUGGAGGCGAGUCAAUCCGAGUUAGUGAAUAAUAGUGAGCAGAUGUUGAAGAAGGAGGUUAAGGAAGAGGGUAGUGUGGGAGAUGAGGAGAUAGAGAGUAAGAAGGAAAGGAAGAGGAAGAGUAAGAGGAAGAGGAAGGGUGAUUUGGCUGAGCACACUGAGAAGAGCAAUGGGAUAAAGAAGGAAAAGGCAGAGGUUGAGGAGAAUGGGAGUGUGGUGGACAAAAUUGAAAUUAGAGAAGAAGAGGAAAAGAAGAAGAGGAAGAGGAAGGGUGGAGAGGUAGAGGUAAAGGAGGAGAGGGAGGAGGAAGAGAAGGAUGGAUUGGAGGAGGAGGGCCAAAGGAAGAGGAGGAGGAGAAAACAAGUGGAUGAUAAUUGAGUGAAAAAAGGAUGUUACGUCUUGUAAUCGGAUAAUUGGGUAUUUCAAUUGUUGUUGGGAAUGAAAUUUACUGCUUUUCAAAUAUGUUUAUGUGCUUUGAAAUUUACAUAUUCA